GCCUCGCAGCGCAGACCGCCCACCCUCGUAUCCCAGCCCGCCGAGCUUGGUUCUGGAACGCCGUCGCUGGGCUGGGGCACUGAGACCCGAUUGGCUUAUUGAGGAUUCUUUGCCCUUGCCUGGGAGAACAGUUCAGGAGGCAGAUGGCCCCAAGACUACCAAGAGUCCAAAUCCAGGGAUCACUGACAUUUGGGGAUGUUGCUGUGACCUUUACCCAGUUUGAAUGGAAACACCUGGAUACCACUCAGCAGACCCUGUAUAGGGAUGUGAUGCUGGAAAACUAUGGGAAUCUGGUGUCUGUGGGCCUUCUCUCUUCCAAACCCAAACUCAUCACUCAGCUGGAGCAAGGGGCAGAGCCAUGGAUGGAAGUACAACAGAUUCCAUCAAAUACUUGUUCUGUCCAGGAGUAUUGCUUUGAAACAAAGAUGUCCACCCUAAAGCAACAUACUUCUGAAGGAUCUGAUCUGGGAGAGCAAACAAGAAGUGAUGUGAUGGAAAGAGGCCUGGACUGGGAGGGCAGAAUUUCCACAGAGAAGGCCCAUUAUAAAUGUGAGGAAUGUGGGAAAGUCUUCAAAUAUAAUUCCUCCCUUAUUAGCCACCAGAGAAAUCAUACUGGUGAGAAACCCCAUAAAUGUAAUGAAUGUGGGAUCGCCUUUAUGAGCAGUUCUGCUCUUUUAAAUCAUUAUAAAAUUCAUACAGAGAAGCAGCCUUAUAGAUGUACUGAAUGUAGGAAAUUCCUUAAGAAGCACUCAACAUUUGUUAAUCAUCAGAAAAUUCAUUCUAGAGAGAAACCUCAUAAAUGUAAUGAAUGUGGAAAAGCUUUUGGAAAGAACUCUAUCCUUUUAUGUCAUCAGAAAAUUCAUACUGGUCAGAAACCCUACAAAUGUAAUGACUGUGGGAAAGCCUUUGCUCAGAAUGUAGCUCUUACUUGUCAUGAGAGAAUACAUAGUGGAGAGAAGCCUUUUAAAUGUAAUGUAUGUGGGAGAGCUUUUAGGGAUAACUCAACUGUGUUGGAACAUCUGAAAAUCCUUACUGGUGAAAAACCGUAUCGGUGUAAUGAAUGUGGAAAAACUUUUAGGAAGAGCUCCACUCUUGUUAGUCAUCAAAGAAUGCAUACAGGAGAGAAACCCUACCACAGCAGUAAAUGUGGAAAAUCUUUCAGGUAUAGCUCAUCCUUUGCCGAACAUCAGAAAACUCAUAGUGGAAAUAAACCCUAUCAGUGUAAUGACUGUGGGAAAGUCUUUACGAAGAGCUCAACCCUUAUUGGACAUCAGAGAAUUCAUAUUGGAGAAAAGCCCUAUUACUGUAAGAAAUGUGGGAAAUCCUUUAGGCAGUCUGGCCUUGUUGAACGCCAGAGAAUCCAUACUGGAGAAAAACCUUACGAAUGUAAUGUAUGUGGGAAGGCUUUUCCCCAGAGUUCGGCCCUUAAACAACAUAAGAAAAUGCAUAACAAAGAAAGAACCAUCAAAGGUAGUUAGUGUGGUAAAUGAAGAAGUAGUUUAAUCCUUUUGACCAUCAAAGAGGAGACUUCCAACAAAUCACACAUUUAAGAAAAAUAGUCUGUGUGCCUCUAUCCUGGAGAACUUCUCACUUGUGAGGAUGUUCACUGUAGUAUAGUUUGUACUACUGAAAUAUUUGAAGAACAUAGAUGUCUAUCAACAUGGAAAUAGUUACUAUAGAACCCUAUGAAGGAAGCAAAAAGAAUGAGGUAGAGCUCUGUAUAGA